AUGAAAAGUAAAGAGAUACAAACAACUGUAAAAAAUGAAUAUGAAAGUGGUGAUGGAGCGACGAAAAUUUUUCGUGAUUUAGGUGGAGUAGUUGCAUUACCAACAAUUAAAUUGUGGAUUAAAAUGAUCAAGGACACAGGAUCUAUCAAUUUGUCUUAUUCUUCCGAUCGCCCACACACAGUUCGAACAAAAAAUGGUGUAUACAAUGUUCAGAACGAUCGUGUACGGACGGUCAGCAGGGAAGAGGUAGAUAGACAAGGUGGUAUGCAUCAAAAAGCAAAAUUUCCAACAAAGGUGAUGGUAGGGUUUGGUGUAUGCAGUGAAGGUUUAACAACAUCAGUGAUUUUUGAAGAUGAUACUAUGAAUGCGGAAAGGUACAUCAAAGAAGUUCUUCCAAUAGCUCAUGGAGCAAAACCUCACAUACAUCACGUGACUCAAGAGUGGUGUGCUAAUCCUGAUUUUAUUUCGAAGGAUCGUUGGCCACAAAAUUCGCCUGAUUUAUGUCCAUUAGAUUACAGUUUAUGGAAUGAAUUGGCUGAAUCUAUCGGCUGGGACAACAUAACAACAAUAGCAACAAUGAUAGACGAAAUCGAAUGUUCUGUCAAAAACAUUAAAAAAAGAAAAAAAUUUACAUUCUGUACUUGA